AUGAGUAAAUGGUGCAAUUACGAUGGAAAGCGUAGAGGGGCUGAGCGUGGCGCGGCGCGCACGGCGAACGCAGUGGUCCGGUGGAGCGCGCGCGUGCGGCCCGCUACCGACGUCCCCCUCGCGCGCUCCGCUUCCGCCUCAGCGCCCGCGCUCGCCUCCGCUCCGCGUCACACAACGCGCACUUAUAAAGCGGAGCCCCCGCGCUCACUCGCACGCAGUCACGACCUAACCGCGUCCUCUCGUGCACCAUCCGGCUUUCACGCGUCUGACACAAGCGAAUCCGUUAUCAGUGGGCCGAGCACCGCGGCGGCAAUGGCUGAUCACGAAUGGGGAUACACCGGCGCGAACGGCCCGGAAACAUGGAUUGAAAAGUUUCCCGAAGCGCGCGGAGCUCGACAGAGCCCUGUGGACAUAGAUACGACGCGAGCCAGCAGCGGUGGUAGCGCCCCGCCUCUCACCUGGCGCUACUCUGUCAACCACACCCGCUCCGUCGUCAACCCGGGCUACUGUUGGCGCGUCGACGAGAACGGAUACGAUUCAGAACUCCGCGGAGGCCCGUUAGGUGCAGAUGUGUACAAGCUUCAGCAAUGGCACUGCCACUGGGGCGCUGUGAACGGGGAAGGAUCGGAGCACACAGUUGAUGGACGUGCGUUUUCCGGAGAACUCCAUCUUGUUCACUGGAACACCUCCAAAUACAACAGCUUCGGAGAAGCAGCCGGUCAGCCUGAUGGGCUUGCGGUUCUGGGAGUUUUAUUGAUGGUGGGAACAAAGCAUCACGAGUUGGAGAAGGUGAUGCGUCUGCUGCCGUUCAUCCAGCACAAGGGCGACAAGGUGACCAUGUCGGAGCCCCUGGACCCGGCGCGCUUGCUCCCGCAGCGAACCGCGUACUGGACCUACCCAGGCUCCCUCACUACGCCGCCGUGCACUGAAUCUGUCACGUGGAUCCUCUUCAAGGAACCGAUACAAGUUUCCGCCGAACAGUUGGCGCUAAUGCGAAAACUGCGCUGUGGGGAAGCGUCAUGCGGCGUGGAGGCCAUGGAGCUGCUUCACAACUACCGGCCUACGCUUCCUCUGGGCAACCGCGAGUUGCGCGAUUACGGUGGCAAC